AUGGGGCGCCUUUGGCGAUCCCCGACUCUGCUUUCCCCUUCUGCCUCCCUCCUCCUCUCUUUCCUACUCUCUUCUCUCCUCUUCUUCCUCCUCUCUGCUCCGCCUUCUAUCGCUUCGUCUGUAACAGAGACGCCGGACGCUGCGCAGCAAGGCUCUGCAGGAGCGAGUCUCCACGGAGAAGGCCACGAACCGAGCCGGAGGCAGGCAGAAGGCGAUGCCAACCUAAAGCACGCGACCCAGCAGAGCGCUUCGGACUGCGAGGCUCAAGGCCAGAGCCCGUGUCCUGCCUUCGCUUCGCGGGCGCCUAGCGUCGAGUCCGCGAGCCUCCCGCGCGCCUCCGACCCGCAGCUGCCGUCCUCGCCUUCUGCGCGCUUCGAUGACUCCUCCAGCGACUCGCCCUCCCUUCUGUAUGACACGUCUCGCGACCCACGAGACGCGCACUGCGGAGGGAAGACAGGUUGUGCAAGGCCGAAGAGAGCCCGGUUGUCGGCCGGUGCCGCUUCGGCGAAUGCUGCGCCCACGGACGCGAUGUGGAGUCUCUUAAAGAGGACUGCGACGGCGGUUGAGAGCCCCGUUCCGUUUGACUCGGAGCUCUUCGUUCCACGCCUUCACUCCCACAGUCUCUCGGACGAAAGAGACGACGAAGUCCACCUUUCCCAGAGCCUAGACGAGCUGUCGACAGAACGGGGCUUCCCCGACCCUGCCGACGAGGCGACAGACGCCUCUCUUGCUUUCCACUUUUUCAACCCUCUGUACGUGUUUUUUCCGCCGGGGUCCUUCGUAGUGGAUCGCGAGAACCAGACCUCGUCAGGGACAACGACCGCGGUUCCCUUGGUGUGGGGCGCGCGCUUCACGUCGCCCUACGCGACCGCUCAGCGUGGCCGGUCGCCUGAAGCUGCAGCGGCGCACGCGGCCUCUGGGAGGACGUUGAAGAAGUCGGACACGCCCGAAGGCAAGCGGAGGCGCCACCGGCGAGAGCAUGGAGACCCACCAGUCCACGCAGACGGGCACAGGUCACUGCCCGACGACCAGGAAGGCGCCGAUCCGACGAACUCACGUAGCCGACACGCCUCAGGCAGCUCUGUGGUUGACCGUUCUUCUGCGUACCCCAAGAGUUUUUCCUCGCUUGCAACCACUGCUUUCGAUUCGGGUUUUCUGCAGACACCUGAAUCUCUUCUUUCUUCUUCGCAUCUCACGCCUGCCGAGACACCUGCUUCUUCGACGCACGCCUCCGUCCUCGACGCUCCUGCCUCUCCCUCCUCUUCCGCGUCCCCCCCUGGCGGGAUGCAUGCAGAUGUGUCCGCCUCCGCCACGGUCUCUACGCCGCGCGCGUUGCGAUCUCAGAAUCCGGCCGGGGGCUCUCCCUCUCGCGACAGUCGCGAGUCGGCCUCCGGGAGAGGAGCUUCUCUGCUGGCAGCCGCUUCCUCCCGCGCAGCGCGCCUGCCUCCCACGUCUUUUUUCUCCGUCGUCUUUCCCCCCUUGCACACCCUGGAGACUGCCGCGGUGGUGACCGACCUGCGGCGCCUCGGCGAAGACGCGUUGUUCGACGCGGAAGCUGUGCGUCACCAGGCAGUAUGUGGGGGCCUCUUUCACUGGCUGAAGCCGGAAAAAAAGGGCGGGUCAUCCGACUUUGGGUGCGUCUGGGACCGGUUCGCAGAUGCGUUUGAACGGACGCUUCCGGCGGACACGCCUUUGCCUUUCCGACCCGGCGGGUUCACCUUCAAAACCCUCGACACGGUAAAUCGGUGGUACAGCCGCUUCCAGCAUCCUGGGCCGACAGCCGGCGAGGCCAAGAGCGAUCGGAAAAGCCGUGAGAAGCUGGAAGGCACCCGGCGGAGCCCACCUCCCGAGCCGCCAGAGGCUGCCGGCGGACGCGCAGGAGACAGCAGCGCAGGCCUCGAGGAGUCCGACGACUGGGAAGGUUCGUCGUCCAGCGGGUUCCAGGCGUCGGGGGGGUCGAACGGGGGCGACAAGAAGACGCUGCAGAAGACGGCGGCUCGUCGCAACUCUGCGACAAACAUCUUUGACCGAAGCCAGGCGUUUCUGAACAAGGCCAGCCGCCUGCUCGGAAAGCGCCUGACCAGCUUUGUCUGGGGCCUCGUCCAGCGCCUCGUCGCGGAGCUCAAGAAGCAACAGCGAAACGGAGGACCGUUGAACUUGGGGAAAGCCGUCAACGCAGUGAUUGAGGCAGAGAAUGUCACCAACACCGACGCCAUGGAAAACGCCAUGUUCAUUCCUCUUGGAUGCAAAGCCCACGUGCACUACAGCGAACUGUAUACAGAAGGAUACGACGUCGCACCUACUGACCCCUCCAGCUGGCCAGAUUUUCCUUUAUUUGCUUGGCUUCUCAAGGACAAGUCGCGUGCUGAGAUACUUCUGCCGCACAACCCGCCGCGCCGUUUGACAGUCACCGUCGCGCCACACUUGCCUGAAGCCGUGGAAGACAAAGGCGCGCAUCUCGCCCUGUACCGGCUAUGGCAUACGGUGUGGUUCCUCAUUAUCGAAGUCUCGCGCGCCGACUUUCUGUGGCCUUGGACGAAACACCGAGACGUCGACCAUCUCUUUCCCUGGUGGACUGUCAGCACGGUCGGCCUCCACAGAGUCACCGAGCACCGUCCGGUUCGAUACGCGAACGGCGUGUGGCGCUUCAAGAAUAUUGACCCGACCUCGCUCGAGGUGAUUCCGCAGCCCGACGGAAGCGAGAGCAAUCCGUUCGAGGUUGUGCCGCCGCCUCGUAGCCACAUGGGCGAGUUGGACCCAAGCGACAACCUGGCCACGACCGGAGGCGAAGAGCAGAAUCCGUGGGGUUUCCUCGCAGAGGGCCUUUACGCGAACAUGACUGCGGCCGGGAAACCUUUUCAGUCGCGGGGCGGCCGCGUUCGACCCAUUGCGAAGCCCAAGACGUUCCUGUAUCGGGGGCGAUCGAUGUCGAUCUACCCAGACCAGUGUGGACAAGACGCGACGUUCUCGUACACCUUCGACGCUCCCUUUGGGAUACUCUACACGCCGUCGCAUCUCUUGGAACGCGUGAAGAAGAGACAGCAGCAGCCAGGAGGGGUGGGGCGGCUGCGCGAACAGCGACGGAGGGAGCGGGACGACUCGAAGCAAGACAAGGCUCACGAAGCAGUCCAGGGGAACCUCGUGGACGCUGUCUGGGCCUUCAAACCCACGACGAUGCCCAAGAUGUGGUUGGUGAACCGCCUGGCGAAGCCGAUGGAGCGCGAGCUGGCGCUAAGCGACGCUCCGGACGCGCUCGUUCAUCGGGGGUACGGAAUCCUCUUCCGUACGUCGUAUCGGCCUCGAAUGGAAGACUUUAUUUCGCAACUGACAUCACCCGUGUCCCCGGCUUCUUCGGCGGACUCCUCGUCGCUGCCUAGCCAAGACGCACUGUGGCAGGCGUACCAGCAGCGGUCGCGCGCGCAUCCGUUCACCGUCGUCUUUGCGGGACACUCCCAGGGCGGAGUCGCUGCCGAGAUGUCGGCGUUCUUCUUCGCAAAGACCAUGAAAGAGGAGAUUGAAAGCGGCAGAGUCCGGGCAUACGUCGUCGUCUUUGGAACGCCCGUCUGGUGCACACAGAAGAUGUACGACGAAUUCCGAGCGACGGGGCUCGUCAUCCACGAGGUGGUCUCGGACAGCGAUCCAGUGCCGUUCUUCUUCAACGUCUCGGAAUUUGCACAGGAUCGGAACAUGGUGAUGCUGAAGCUUGAGGAUUUCUACAAGGUUUCGUUCACCUCACCGUUCCCGUUCGAUGGGUCCAUAUGGAAGAAACCGAGGAGAAGCCAAGACAAGAAAACGCGGUUGAUCGGCGCGACGUUCGGGAUCCAACCCCUCCUCGAUCCAACAGUCAGUUUUGGGAUGACGCAUUCCCACAUCUACGCGGCGUCGCUGGGCUUACUCAGCCAGAGAUACAAGCACAUCGGGUGGGCAAAUUUUCUGGCCUUUCCAUUGGUGCCACCGGAGUUCCAGACGUCGCCGCCGCACAUUCCUGAGGGGAUGCGCGGUUUGCAGGAAGGCUACAGAUUGUUGCUGAUGGGCGCCGGGGUCAGACGUUCCACGCGACCGGGGCCGAAAGGCUUCAGUUUGCUGAGGCCUUUCCAGCUGCGGAAACGUCCAAGAGAGUCAACCGACGACUCCGAACGCCCGAGAAAGCGACAGACUCUCCAAGACAAGAAGACACCCGAAAAAGAAGACCAUGACUAG